AUGUCUCCCACUCCCGACUGGGUGACGAAGCUGCGGCCUUCUGGGCCGCAAGGCUCAGAGCUUCUCGCCCAAGAGCGCGCAAAGUCCAAUGUGUCUGUGGACAAGCUCGCUGAGCUUCUUCACACCCGUGAAACCCUGCAGAGACAGGAGCGAAUUCUUGAAAUCAUGGAGAAGGAGCCGGUCUUCGACAAGUCCCAAAACCAUAGUCUCGGCCGCGUCGAACGUCUCAAGAGAUCUCUCGGCAAGGCGAAGCGCCUCCAGAACCUGAGAACGCAACACGGAUGGUCCCAGGAAGAUUUCCACAUGGCGAACGACUUGCUCGCCGAGCCCACUCCCUAUGGGCUCCAUGCCAGCAUGUUCUUGGUCACACUCAGGGAGCAAGGCACCCCUGAGCAGCACAAGCUCUUCCUUACCCGUGCGGAGAAUUAUGAAUACAUUGGUUGCUACGCACAAACCGAACUUGGUCAUGGCUCGAACGUCCGUGGCCUCGAGACCACGGCCACCUGGGAUCCCACUGACAAAACCUUUGUCAUCCAUUCGCCAACCCUCACAGCGUCAAAAUGGUGGAUUGGCUCGCUUGGUAGAACUGCAAACCACGCUGUUGUGAUGGCACAGUUGAUUAUCGAAGGGAAAAGCUACGGCCCGCAUCCUUUUGUAGUGCAGGUUCGCGACUUGAAAACCCAUGAGCCACUUGAGAACGUCCAUGUUGGGGAUAUUGGUCCAAAGUUUGGGUAUAACACCAUGGACAAUGGUUUCUUACUCUUCAAUCAUGUCAAAAUCCCACAUGUGAACAUGUUGGCCCGCUUCUCCAGAGUUGAUCCAGAUACUGGCAAAUACAUCCGUCCGGCGUCUCCCUCCCUGGUGUACGGAACUUUGACGUGGGUCCGUUCUACUAUUGUCCUCCAGUCCGGAGGGGUGCUUGCCCGUGGGGUUACUAUUGCCACCAGAUACUGCGCAGUCCGAAGGCAAUUCCAAGACCGUGAUGCUCCGGCUUCCGAAGUUGGGGAAAAUCAGGUCAUCAACUAUAAGAUGGUUCAGAUUCGACUGCUGCCUCUUUUGGCUGCCACGUUUGCCCUGCAUUUCACAGGUCGUGGUAUGAUGGCUCUUUACCAGCAAAAUCAGAGUCUGAUGAAGGCCACGGAAAAGGGAACCAAGACCAGAGGCGCCGGCCCAGAGCAACUGAACCCUGGUGCUGAUCUCUUAGCCGAUCUCCAUGCAACAUCCUGCGGUCUCAAGGCGUUAGGCAGCACGAUUGCCGUCGAGGGCUUGGAAGCCUGCCGUCGUGCUUGCGGUGGACACGGUUACAGCAGCUACAGCGGUAUUGGCCCAUGGUACUCGGACUACCUUCCCACCGCCACUUGGGAGGGUGACAACUACAUGCUCACUCAGCAAGUAGCUCGUUAUCUCCUCAAAUCUGCUCGUUCCGUUAUUGCAGGCAAACCAGCCAACAAUGAUACAUGCCGUGUGCUUAAAAGUUAUCUCGCUCGCCGAGAUGUUGGUGCCGCCUUUGACGUCCUUGACAACGACAAGGACAUUGUUGACGCUUUUGCCUGGCGCACGGCCUACUUGACCUUUGAGGCCCUCAAGCACCGAGACGUUGAAAAGAGGUCCUGGAACAGCCUCCUUGUCGACUUCUGGCGCCUCUCCACCGCCCACUCCCAAUAUCUCGUCGUCAAGAAUUUCUACGAAGCAGUUUCCUCGCCCGCCACCGCCGCCGCUCUUGGCCCAGAAACAAUGACCGUCAUGCACAAGUUAUUCCGCCUGCACGCUCUCCACACCCUUGAGCGCGAAGCCUCUGACUUCUUCACUUCCGGUGCCGUGACGACGAGACAGAUUGUCCUCGCUCGCACCAAGGCCGUCAUGGCUCUUCUCGAGGAGAUCCGCCCCCAUGCUUUGCGCCUUGUGGAUUCGUGGAAAUUCCCCGAUUGGCAGCUCGAUAGCGCGCUGGGCCGAUACGAUGGAAAGGUCUACGAGGAUCUGUUCCAUCGGGCUAGCGAGCUGAACCCGGUCAACGCUAUGACUUUUGAUCCGUACCCGGGUCAUGAAGCGCUGUUGAAGAACGAGAGGACGAGUAAGCUGUGA